UGUUCUCACUGUUACGGGGCGCAUGUGGAGGCAGAGAGCUGCUGAAUGAAACCAAGCAGAGAAACAGGAGAAACUUUUUUUUUGCUACAUGGAGUAUCCACGCUGUUUUUCAUCAGUAAGUUAAAUUAGGUGUGUAAAGUUGUGAAAGUUGGACGCCUGACUGGAAAUUUCCAAGCAUGGACUGAGCGGCAGGAAUAUCGAGGAGGAAUCGCUUUCUUGCCCGCUAAUUUGUCUGCACAAGCACCGGCUGCGGAAAAAUUGGAUACUUUACUAAAACUUCGCUGUAAGGAGGAGUAAACCAGAGCUGAGUGACCGAAGAGUUGUUCACAGAGCAAGGUUGUAUCCAGAACUAUGUGUUUUUAAACCCAAGCUGCUGGGAGGUCAAGAGGUGAGAUGCCUCUAUAAAACACCACUGGAAACAAAUGCUCUGCCGCCAUGCCUCUGGGGAUGGUGCGUCUUUCAUCGUCAGCAGUCAAAACGCUGCUUUCUCUCCUGCUGCUGGCCACUGGCUGUCCCUUAAUGUUAUUCCCUAUUGGCACUGUCCAAGGAUCAGACUCAUUCCCAUCCAAUAUUUAUCCUACGUUUAUCCGAAAUGACACUCUGUUUGAGCACCUGGCCCUGCAUCCUGACCCCGACGUGGGUCGGGUCUACGUCGGGGCCCGAAAUCGCCUGUUCCAGUUGGAUCCCUCCCUCCAACCUGAGCUACAGGAUGCCACAGGCCCCGUCACAGACAGCCGGGAUUGCUUACCUCCUGUAACUGAGACCAACUGUCCUCAGGCCCGAGAAACUAGCAACCACAACAAGCUCUUGUUGGUCAAUCCUUACUCUAUGGAACUUAUAACCUGCGGCAGUGUCAACCAAGGAAUUUGCCAGAAGCGUAGCCUGGAUUCUGUGGAUCAGGUGCUUUUUUCCACAGAGAGGCCGGUGGAUACUCAGUACGUAGCGGCGAAUCACCCUAAUGUUAGUACUGUUGGGCUUGUGGUUCGCUCUCAUCCGGACAAGCAGCCCGUUUUGUUUGUGGGUCGGGGUUACACCAGCAGCCAUCCGCCUAUUUCCACGCGAAACCUCGCCCAGGAUCCCAUCUUUUCCUACGAAGAGACUGCCAAGUUGGCCGUGGCUGGCCGCCUCUCAGAGUACGAUCAUAAUUUCGUUGCCUCAUUCGCCCACCGUCAGCACGUGUACUUCCUUUUCUACAGAAGGGACCUAAAGUCGCCGUCGCGCGAGUACCGUACCUACAUCUCUCGCGUGUGUUUGGAUGAUCAGGCCUAUUACUCCUAUGUGGAAGUACCGCUGACAUGUCGUUCAAGGACGGGUAAAAUUUACAAUCUCUUGCAAGCUGUCCAGCUGGGCGUGUCCAAAGAAGACGUAGGGGGCCGGGCUUCAGAGACGCUAGUUGGUGUUUUCUCCACUCGUUUGGCUUCAAAUCGGCCCAGCGAGGAGUCGGCUCUUUGCAUGUUUAACCUUGAAGAUGUGGACCGCAGGAUCAACUCCACCAGAGACUUUUGCUAUACCCAGAUGGGUAAAGAAGCAGGAGUGGAGGCUGCCUACAUUGAAUAUGACGUCAAAUCCAACUGUGCCAAUCUGCCAGAGAAUACCCUGGAUGCCUACCCCUGCGGCUCCGACCACACCCCCAGCCCCAUGGCCAGCCGGAUUCCUGUGGAAGUAGAAACCAUAUUAGACAGCCCUUCUGCCCGUCUGACUGCUGUGGCUGUCAGCAGUAGAGUGGGACAUACCAUCGCCUUCCUGGGAGACUCCAAAGGGAACUUACACAAGACACUGGCUGCUCUCUGCUGUCAGCCAUGCAGGUGUGUGUUGCAGUCACAGUGUGCUCGUGGGAGCUACCCAGGGCAAUGGUUGUGGAGUUUUGACAUGGAGCAGCAGUGUUUGGUGGUCCAGGACCUCGUCCCCUCCAAUCUCAGCAGGGAGGAGAGCAAGAUGGUGUCUCUGUCCAUCCCGAGACUUCCAGUGUUAGAAAACGGGGAGUCGUACUCUUGCUACUUCCAGGACAGCCACACUCCUUUUAAACUACCCACCUCCUCUCCUCCUACAACCAAAACUAUUAAAGUCAUCACAGCCACCACUACCACAACAGCUACCCCCACAACUCCUCCCACCACGCCAACUACUGCCACGACGAAGACGACGACAACAACCGCAGCCGCCACCACCAUAGCUACCACUAAGGAGUUAACAACGCCUACUCUUUCACACACCAGUACCAGCCGUGAGCCAACCCACCCGGGCACUACGCUGCCCCCUCAGCCUCCCACUCUACCACCCAGCACCUCUCCAGGCCUGGAGGUCACCACCAGAGAAGAAGAAGCGAGUGAAGCCUCUGAGACUGUCACACGCAGUGACUUGGAAGAUGCUGUAGCUACACAGAGUGUCACGGUGGCCACGGCAGAGCUGACGCCCGUCACCGUGGCUGAUGGUCUCAGUGGGGACCUGGACCCUGUCGUGCCUCUGAUGAUCCCAGACUCCUCGCCACCGGAGGUGGUGACGGCCUCACCCCCCAGCGAACGGCAGGCAGCCAAAGAAGCGCUGACCCUGGCAGAGGCUCCCACCAUGGUGCUGCCUGGCUUCCCCCCGCCCACACUUUUCCAUAUGGGUGAACCGGCUGAUUCUGAGCCUUCCCUUUCCUUGGACUCGCCCCAGACACCCACACUGGUACCACUGCAGGACUUGCACACUGAGGCAGGAAGCCCAGCUGCUGAUUCUGAGCUGCCCCUCUGGCGAAAGGAAGCAGAAAACUCCACUGAGGGUGCUCUCCAGGCAGAAAACGACACGGCUACAUUUUCAGCUGCCACCCUGCUCUCAGGUGAUGGGGAGGUUGACCGCAUGUCCCAGUCCUACCCUCCCCAGUUGCUGAAUGCUGACUCAGAGCUGGACUACCAGUAUGAUUCAGCUGAUGGCUUCCUCCCGGUGAGUUCAGCCGCCUCAAUCCUCCUCCUGCUUCUACUUCUACUUCUUCUUCUUCUUCUUCUUGGAAAGAGUGAGCACCCUCCCUGUAGGAGGGACACCUUCCAUGUAGACACUUCUCGUGAUCUCUAUGUGACUCUGUACAACUGCUCUGUGGGUCGAUCUGACUGCAGCCGUUGCCACACAGCAGACCCAAAAUACGGCUGUGCGUGGUGUGGUGGUCCCCAGGCCAGCUGCCUGUUUUCAAACUCCUGCAGUGAACCUGUGCAGCAGACGUGCCCUGCUCCCGUCAUUCACUCUGUCGACCCACUCUCUGGCCUGUUGGAAGGAGGCACCAUGGUGACCAUCUCCGGCUCCAACCUGGGUCAGAAGGCCGAAGACAUCGUCCAGUCUGUGUUAGUAGCUGACGUGCCCUGCACAGUGAUUUCCAACCUGUAUGAGGUCUCCUCUAGGAUUGUGUGCAUGACCAAAGCCAGCGGAUUAAAGACGAGCCAUGUGUCUGUGAGAGUGAAUGGAGGAGAAUUUGGCCUCUCCAGACAGAAAUUCAGCUACCAGAACCCAGUUGUGAUGGGAGUGUCACCUGAAAGAGGCCCCAAGGCGGGGGGAACAUCCCUGAAUAUCACUGGCCAACACCUGCUAACGGGUCGCCCCGCUGACCUUACCAUCACUGUCGGGGACGUCCCCUGUAACAUGCUAGACAAUCUGCGCUUUGACUUCAGCAGUUUGAACUCUGAGCCAUUCAGCUAUGAGCGUAACCCCACCCUGCAACCCCUGAACCAACAGGACCCUCUUAAGGCUUAUCGCUAUAACCCAGGCAGCUUCAUCCAGCUGGAGGGGGAACACCUGGACCUAGCCAUCACUAAAGAGGAGGUGGUGGUGUUGAUUGGAGAAGGUGUAUGUGCUGUGAAAACCCUGACCAGCAACCAUCUGUACUGUGAGCCACCACCACAGCAGCCUGCACCGGGACCGAACGGCAAGAAGCGAGAGGGCUCUGACAAUCUCCCCGAAUUCACUGUCCAGAUGGGCAACCUGAACUUUUAUCUCGGCAAGGUUCAGUAUGACAACCUGAGCCUGUCCACCUUCCCACUAGAGGCUCAGAUUGGAGUUGGAGUUGGAGCCUCCAUAGUGGUGCUCAUUGUGCUCAUAAUUGUGCUUAUUUACAGAGCAGAGACCCCCAGAUGAUUUUAUUCUGCCAGCUGCUAUUUACAAGCUCGUGCCUCCUGGCACUGGCCUGCAGCAGCAGCCUCUGACCUUUGUGUUCUUGAUCACUUUGAUCCAGACUUGAUGACGGAGAUGAUGGAUAUGUCCAGUGACCUGGUCGGCUCAGGCAUCCCCUUCCUGGACUACCGUAUGUAUGCCGAGCGCAUUUUCUUCCCCGGCCACCGAGAGUCUCCUCUGAGACGAGACCUGGAUGUGCAGGAGUGUCGGCGGCAGACGGUGGAGCAGGGCCUGGUGCAGCUUUCCAACCUGCUCAACAGCAAGCUGUUCCUCACCAAGUUCAUCCAUACUCUGGAGAGCCAGCGGACCUUCUCCCCCAGAGACCGAGCCUACGUGGCUUCGCUGCUGACGGUGGCGCUUCAUGGCAAGCUGGAGUAUUUCACAGACAUCCUUAAGACACUCUUGAAUGAUCUGGUGGAGCAGUAUGUGGCCAAGAACCCUAAACUGAUGUUACGAAGAACAGAGACGGUGGUGGAGAAGCUGCUGACCAACUGGAUGUCUAUCUGCCUCUAUGCUUUCCUCAGGGACUCAGCGGGGGAGCCUCUGUACAUGCUGUUCAGGGCCAUAAAGCACCAGGUCGAUAAAGGGCCGGUGGAUGCUGUUACUGGCAAAGCAAAGUACACCCUGAACGACAACCGCCUGCUGCGAGAGGACGUAGAGUACAAAACCCUGACGCUGAAUGUGUUGGUGCAGGGUGGAGGGGUCAAUGAGACCCAGCCUGUGCCCUCCAAAGUCCUGGACUGCGACACCAUUACCCAGGUGAAAGAGAAGCUACUGGAUCAGGUGUACAAAGGCACAUCCUUCUCACACCGGCCGCACGCCGAGUCGCUGGACUUGGAGUGGAGGUCGGGCGUUGCCGGUCAUCUCAUCCUGUCAGACGAGGACUUGACCUCUGUGGUUCAGGGUAACUGGAAACGCCUCAACACGCUUCAGCACUACAAGGUCCCAGAUGGCGCAACGGUGGCACUGGUCCCUCGUCAUACCAAACACAUUCACCAUGACAACCACGACUACAUAGCAGGAGAGAAGACGCCCAUGCUGGAGGAUGCAGAUGAAGGUGGAGUGAGGCUGUGGCAUCUGGUAAAAGCCAGCGAGGAGCCCGAGUUGCCCAAACACCGCAGAGGCAGCCUGAGGGAGAGAGAGAGGGCCAAGGCUAUCCCUGAGAUCUACCUGACCCGCCUGCUGUCCAUGAAGGGGACGUUGCAGAAGUUUGUGGAUGAUCUUUUCACGGUGAUCCUGAGCACGAGCCGUCCUGUCCCGCUCGCCGUCAAGUACUUCUUCGACCUGUUGGAUGAGCAGGCAGCACAACAUGGCAUCUCUGACUCAGAGACCAUCCAUAUUUGGAAGACCAACAGUCUCCCGCUGCGUUUCUGGAUCAAUAUUGUGAAGAAUCCCCAGUUUAUCUUUGACAUCCAGGCCUCUGACCACGUGGAUGCUGUGCUCUCUGUGAUCGCCCAGACCUUCAUGGACUCGUGCACGAUUGCAGAGCACAAGCUGGGCCGGGAUUCGCCCAUCAACAAGUUGCUGUAUGCCAGAGAUAUCCCCCGCUACAAACAGAUGGUGGAAAGGUACUAUGCUGACAUCAGGCAGACCAUCUCAGCCAGUGACCAGGAGAUGAACUCUGCUCUAGCUGAGCUGUCCAGGAACUAUUCGGGAGAACUGAACUACCUGGUGGCACUGCACGAGCUCUACAAGUACAUCAAUAAAUACUACGACCAGGUGUGUUUCUACUCUUUCCAGCCACUAGAGGGUUUGCAAUCCGAUGCGGUGCAGUUACCAAACCAGACAGUGAUGCAGCUGCUCAGGAUGCUCUCGCCACCUUCUGUAGAAGGUGGUGAGAAUGGAUGGAGGGAGAUGAGCUUUUCUCAGCUUCUGCAGGAAGUAGAGAUGCUGUUGGGCCCUUUUAGUUAUGGAGCUGGUGUUGAAGGACCAGGAGAGGUUCUCCGCCAGGUGGACACCAAGGAAUUUGGUGCUAUUGACAACCUCCACAGAGGAUCCAUCGAUGUUAAAGUCAUGAGUCAGCAGCGUGAAGAGCAGUGGGCUGAGCACACAGCCCUGAGGGGCUCCAGUGCUCAGUGUGGUGGUGGAGAUGCUGUUACCAAUCCGGACUGCUGUUCAGGCCCAGCAGGCUCAAUUUUCCAAUCAGGUGCUGAGGAAUGA